UCUGAGGGAGGGUCCUAUAAGGGGAAGGUUUAAUGAGGAGAGAGAGAGGAGGAGUCAUAACAGAGGACAGAGGAAAGGAGAGAGGAGCGCCUUCAGACAGAACAGAACCAGAGACAUCCGAUCAAAAACUUUAAACAUGGAUUUAAGUAUCCUUCAAAUUCUGGAGAGAGACAAAGUCCUGGAAGUCCUUCACAGAGACAAAAAUCUGCGGAUGAUAGAAGAGGAAAGGAUCAGGAAAAUGAAAGGCGAGCUCCAGGAGCUGCGGAGGAAGGGUGCUAAGAGCUAUACCAGACAAUACGGAGAGAGGACCUGCGCCCGGUGCCAGAGGCCGCUGGGGAAGUUCUGGAACACGGGCGCCGUGUGCCGCGGCUGCAGCCACCGCAUCUGCAGCAGGUGCCGUGUGGGUGCAGCAGACUGGAAGUGCACGGUGUGCCAUGCCUAUAGGGAGGUGAAGAUCAGAUCAGGAGAAUGGUUUUUGGAAGAAAGGGCCAAGAAAUUUACAGUCACCAUAGACAAAUUUGAGACAGUUGGGGAGAAACUAUUAAAAAUCUACGGUGUUCAGAGACAUAUAGCCGUUGUGCCUCCAACCCCUCCACCUCACAUGGAAUGUGUUUUUAGAGACAGAUUUAGGGAACUGAAGAAUUCAAAGCCUUUUACACAUUCAAUGGAGGAUAUUAUGGUUUGCUUUAGGAGUCACAUUAAAAAAUUUUCCAAUUCUCAAAAUGAUGUAAGAGGAGACCUGCUGACAGUAGACACAAACCAAAACGGGACGUGUUUUCAAUACAGCCCCCAAAAGAGCCUGUCGGACACAGACAUCAACAAGUCUUGCUUCCUCUCUAAACGUGUAAGUCUUCCAAAUCUGUUCAAGAAAACCAAAGACAGCGACCAUGAAGGUUCAUCUACAGGUGCAGAAGAAGAAACCUCGUUCAGCUCAGAGCACUCUUUUAAUAAAAGAGGCAGCAUCAGCAGCAUCAGCACCGAGUGUGGAAUCUUUGAGGGCAUCGUUGUGGCCGGGGAGAUGGAGCUCGCUGUGGCCUACAACAACAGCAGCUCCUGUCUGGAGAUCACAGUCAGCGCCUGUAGAAAUCUGGCUUAUGGAAACAGCAAGAAGAAGAAGAGUCACCCAUAUGUAAAACUCUACGUGCUGCCCGACAAGAACAGUAAACUGAAGACAUCGGUGAAGAAAAACACAACUGACCCUGUCUAUAAUGAGGUUUUUAAGUAUAACAUAGAGCGCCAUCUGCUGUUUGGAAAGAGACUGCAGGCAUCUGUUUGGCAUUCGGGGAUGUUGAAAAAGAAAGUGUUUCUGGGUGAGGUGCUCAUUCCUCUGGAUGGCUGGAGACAGGAGAACAGCACCUUCCAAGGCUUCUACUGGUACCCACUUUGUCCAAAGGUUGAGACUACAGAGUACAAUGGACACAGUCAUGGUGUCUGACAAAAUGUGGGAGACAAGGAGCUCAUCGAGAGGUGCCCAUCUCUCUGAACUAGGAUCUGCUGGACUACAAGCUUCAUCUGGAAGAGGCUUGAAUGUACUCUAAUAACAGCAGAUGUGUGCUUUUAACAGUCAGUAGCAACACUUUACUUUAAACCCCUCCUAUGAAGCAUUCCUAAGCACUGUAUAAACAAAAAUACCAUGUUAUGGAAUUCUAGCUUUUCUCCUCCAGUAAACUGUUUAUAAGAAGAUAGAGAUGGAAUGCAUAAAGUCUAUGGAUGAAUUAGAUGUAUGUCCUUCUUCUAUUGAAGGCUAUUGUUAGCCGGCAAAAAGGAGCAAUGUGCUGUUUAAAGACUGUAAAGGCUUUAACACCAGUUUUGACUGAGUUCUACCAUGCCUUGGGCAACCCAGUCAAUCACAGCUAUCAGCCACAGUGUGCAUGUUUCAUACUAAAGGAGGGUGAAAAAUAUAAAGGACUUCAAACUUAACUGAAACAACUUUUUCCAUCCAUUGAAACUAUUUAUGACAUCUAGAAUAUUCCAGAUCUAAUAAUCUGAACAAUUGAACACAUUUUUAAACAACUGUAAAUCUCAUUUGUAGUACAAUUUAGUAGGUUUAGCAACCUGUAAAUUAUCUUAAUGUAAGUUAAUGAGGUUUUUUUUAUUCCCAACUAAAGUCUCAAAGAUGAAGGUGUAAAAAAACUGGAUAAACCUUAUAUAUUGCCUAAAUAUUUACCGCUUAUAAACAUAACCUUUUUAAAGUAAAGUGUUACUCUUGCACUUAUAGGUCACUUUGUUGUAUUCAGGCUCCCUUUCAGAUUCAGAUCCAUUACUAUUCUCUAAAAGUCUGCAUCCCAAAGGACAUGAUUUGAAAGGGUUGACAUUUCUGACAAAAUGCAACCUGGAGCUACAGCCACCCCAUCCCAGGAAGUGGUUACUUCAGCAAGACGAGUGGGCCUGGCUGGCUCUUCAGCAUUUCCAUCUGCACAGUGAUGCCUUUCUUGUUUCGAAGGAAGCAGCAUGUGCAAGACUUUCAGAGGUUUCCAGGCUCUGGCACGCUGUUAUUCUGGAAGCACAGUAUUUUUUGAGUCACCAUGGCAACUGGAAAACUGCUCAUUUGCUGUGACUAUUGCCAGACAUAAAAUCUGGCAAUACUCAGCAUCACACCACAACAACAGACUCUGUUAUUAUUUUUAUUAUUUAAACUACUCUGCACUUUAUUCGUCAUACAAAGAACUGUCUAUUUAAUUACAGCCGUCCUCUACAUAUAAUGCCUGUAAUUUAUGUAGUUUUGAUAUGCCAUGUUUGUCAUGAUCUAUUUAUUUCUACCUGUGUUCACUGUCAUGCCGCGGUAGCUGCCUGAGGCAGCGGCAGAGAUAAGACCCAGGUCAGGAUGUUUUUUCUCUCUACCUGUAAAGAAGUUUUCAUUUACAUUCAAUUAAAAGUCUUAAAGUAAAAAUGUUUUAAAAAUCAA